CCCACUGACACUAGCGCACUAGCUUCUCAGGACUCUCUGUCUGCGUUUCCAUGUAAGAGCUGAUGUGUACAGGAUUGUUUGCUGUAACAUAAUUACUGUGUGUGGUCUUGCACGUGAUACACGAUUUAGGUGUCUGGAGUUUACAGAAGAGCUUCAAAGAGUCAGAGAUUCCAUAAUGUCAUCAUUCAGUAUCCUUGCUUCAUUGCCGGAGGAUCAUUUCCAGUGUUCGAUCUGUCUGAACAUCUUCAAUGACCCGGUUACGACACCCUGUGGUCACAACUUCUGCAAGACCUGCCUCAGUGGGCACUGGGACAGGAGUGAUUUAUGCCACUGCCCGAUGUGUAAUAAAAGAUUCCACGUGAGGCCAGAGAUCUCCACAAACAUGGUCAUUGAGGAGAUUUCAGUCCAAAUAAAGAAGAGGAAACUUGAUAAACCUGAAAGUGCUGAUGCACCGUGGCAGGUAACGUGCGAUGUGUGCACAGAUGCAAAGUGCAAGGCCCUGAAGUCCUGCCUAGUGUGUCUGACGUCGUACUGUGAAGCCCACCUGGAGCCUCACCAAAGAGUUCCCUCCCUGAUGAGACACAAGCUAAUGGACCCGGUGGAGAACCUGGAGGAGAGGAUGUGUGAGAAGCACGAGAGGAUCCUGGAGCUUUUCUGCAGGGAUGAGCAGGUGUGCAUCUGUCUGCUGUGCAGCGAGACAGACCACAUGUGCCACGAGACGGUGCCUGUUGAAGAAGAAGGGGCUCAACAGAAAGAAAAUAUUGAUUCCAAGAAAGCAGAGAUCAAAAUUAUGAUUGAGCAGAGAAUGGAAAAGAUAAAGGAAUUUACAGAGUCUUCUGAAAUAAGUCAAGAAAAAACAAAAAAAGAGAUUGAUGAGAGUGAUAAGCUCUUCAAUACUCUGAUGAAUCAUGUACAAGUGACUCACACUAAACUGAAAUCAAACAUCGAGGAGAAGCUCCGAAAAUCACAAGACAAAGACGAAGCGAUGAUUGAAGAGCUGCAGGAGGAGAUCACACAACUGCAGAGCAAGUACUCUGAGCUGGAGGAGCUUUCACAAAGUGACGAUUACCUUCACCUUCUGCUGACGUUGCAGGCCCUGGGUAAUGUAUCAGCCACCAAGAACUGGUCUAAGAUCAGGGUUUACUCAGACCUGUGUUUGCAGACGGUGAGGAGAGCCAUGACUCAUCUUGUGGACACUUUUCAAUCCGAACUGAAAACUCUGACAGAAACGGAACUGACUAGGAUGAGACAAUACAAAGCAUCAGUCACCUUUAACGCAGCUACUGCUGGCUGCUGCCUUGUGGUGUCCGAAUUUGGGAAACGGUUGAAGUACUGCAGAACUGCAAGCCCCUCAUUGUCUGAUGACUUGGAGAGGUUUGACUGUCCCAUGAUCUUGGGGACGACGGGCUUUAUCUCUGGGCGUCACUACUGGGAAGUUCAAGUAGGCCUGAGAACUGACUGGGAUGUUGGUGUUGCCAAGGAAACAGUACCCAGAACAGGGAAGAUCCCUCUGAAAAGAGAAAAUGGCUUCUUCGCCAUAGGAAAGAGGGGUUUAGAUUAUCAAGUUCAUUGCACACGCGACACGGCCCUUCACCUUUGUCCCAGGCCAAGAAAAGUAGGAGUGUACGUGGACUAUAUGGAAGGCAGAGUCUCUUUCUAUGAUGUGGAUAGGAAGUUGCACAUUCACUCUUUCACACGAGAGUCUUUCAAAGAGAAACUGUUCCCGUACUUCUAUCUGUACGGCAGAUACAAGAAAUCGGAGCCUUUGAUAAUUACCUCUAUGGAACAUCAGGUAUCUGUUUUUUCUCUCUGGUCCUCCCUCCAACAAGCUAAAAAUAACUCAACAGUAUAAAUUUGUUGCAAGGUCAAACAUCCAAGAAGGUCCUCUAAGAUUAAACCCUGUAAAAUCCACUGAAUGAAUGAUUGUCCGCCCCACCUGCCUGUUCUACCUUUGUGCACUCACUGUGCAAUAAAUAUUUUCUGGGGGAGUGGCUUUGGAGGGAGGCGGUGUUGGAUUUUUUCAGUUGGAUACUCUCAAAAUGUAGCCAUCUCUUGCUAGUUCUCCAGUGUUACCUACCCCAGCUUUAAUUACUGUUACUAGGCCUGUCAGUUUUUCCAUUGUUGCAUGCUAUUUUGCCAACUUAGUGAUUGUCUGGCUAGAUUUGACAAUUUUCUAAAAUUCAUUUAAGUAUACAGAGUUUAUGAGCGUUUACAAGAGUGCGUUUUUCCAGUGUCUCUCUAUUCAUGAUAUUAAAGUUCCACUAUACAACUGCUUACAUAAAAUGUUUUUUCAGAUAUAGAUUUUUAAGUUUUAAAUUUAAAUGUGUGAUUUAAAUGAGUUGGAUUUAGAUGCAUUUUGAUUGCUGCUUGAAAAUUAAUUGAUAAAGCUAGUUAUAGUCAGUUAAGUUUAGGUUGAUUUCAUUCUUUUUACUUUCUUUUUGUAUAAUAUUGACAGUCAGAAUGUUGUGGAGGUAUGAACAGCAAUGUGUUCACUUCACUUACUGUUGUAUGUACGGAAGUGCGUUUGAAUGGUGAUCCUACUGCUUAGCUAAGGGAAAAAAGUUAAUGAACUACGUAGUCAGUGGCUAUGAAUCUUUGAAUUGAACUGAACAAAGUAAUUCAAAUGAGCAAAGCGAUUUGUGAUUUCCACCUCUAAUAUUACAUGACGGUUUGCAUUUUUUAUUUAAUUGAAAUGCCACCUGUGACCCUGCAAACUAAUGUAAUUAGUUAAUGAUGUACUCCUCAGCCUGGAAGUAACACUAAUACUAAUGUAUACUAGUGUAGGUAGCAAGCUUGUAAGCUGGUUGACAGUGGAAGCUUAGCUAUUGAAAACAGAAAAACACAACUGGUUUUGGAAAGGCUAACUCUUGUCGAGUACUUACUACUGCCCCAUUCACACGCUUCAGUGUGUGGAGAAUGCCAAGGCACAGACCUGUCGCACAUAGUUACAGUUAUGGUUACUGAAUUAUUAUCAAUAAUUGGCAUCCUCGCAGCUUACACUUUCAUUACAAUGACUACAAAUGAUUACUUAUUAGGUGAAAGUACAAUCAACUGUAAUGUUUUAGAAAUUAUUUUGCAAUGCAGUCAUGAAGUUGUUUUUCUUUUCUUUCUUUAUUAUCCUUCUAUGAACAUAUUUUCUUCUUUAGAAUAAAGAUGGAAUAAGGUA